GUCGCUUCUGUCAAAGUUGUAGUUAUAAAUAUUUUAUUUUAAAUUUGCAUCAAAAUUAUAACGCAAAAUGAGCAGUGAUGAUAAUAGUAAACCUAUUGGGCAUAUAUCAAAAUGUAAAAUAGUUCAGAAAACCAAGCAAGAAAUUUUGAAAACAAACCAAAAAAAUAGAAAAGAACAGUUUUUAGCCAAACACGACGAAUGUGUAUCAAAUACUAUUAAUAAACAAAUGGAAAAAUGUAACCAAACUUCGAAGUCCUCUUGCAAAAACGAUCAUAUGGAAAUUAUGCAAGAAAAGAAAAAGAUUUGUACAAUUGUACCUAAAAAAUUUCCCGUAAGGCCACCCCAACUUCCAGACGUAAAAACAUACGAUCACCUGCUUGGAUUUGUUGAAUUUCCAAAUUUAGGUCCGAAACAUGCGAAAAUUUUGGUUAGUUUUAUGCCUAGCAUUAGCUUAUUCACAUUGGCUGCUACUCUUUGUACAGUGUAUGUUUGCGAAUGGAAAGAUGUUUUGCAGUUUUUACCCUAUUAUAGCGGAAAAUAUAUAACAGAUGAAAAAUAAAUUAUUGAAUUACUUGAAAAUAAAUAUGGUGUGAUACAGUGAGACUAUUCUGAUUUUUUGGUUGAAUAUACAUAUGAACUGCUAACUGCAAAAAGGGGACAUCUUCUUUAAAGUAAAUUUUACAGGAAAAGGUAAAAACUAAAUAUUUAUGUA